AUGGAUGGCGGUACCGAGGAGCUUCUCAAGCGAAAAGAGAUCAAGCUGGCCGUAAAGAGAAGUUUCUCUGCGUUGCGAUCAUGCCAGAAUCGCGCGCGUAAAAUCGGUCGCACGGCGCCGGAAAGAGCAGACUGCCCACCGAAGACCGUGGACAACCCAUCACUGAUCGCUGAAACCCUGCUGUAUUCAGCCUUGAAUACACAUCCGCUCGACUCGGCUUUGCCUGGUACCAAUGGACAAGACUCCACAGCGGUAGCGGCUCUGAGCUCACGGUGGGAAGACCGGGACGAGCUGCAGGUGCCUUUCCAAACACGCGAAGCCGCCCUUCUGAUGCACUAUCUUGACGACGUCUUCCAAUGGCAAUUCCCUUAUUGUAACAGUAGCGAUGAACAUGGCAAUCGUGGAUGGCUCCUCAUGCUUCUUAGCAGGAGAGGUCCGUCGUUUUACGCCGCCAUCAGCAUUGCAGCGUUGCACAAGGCUGGCCGCGAUCAAUCGCGUAGAGAAAUCAACGCGACUCAGGAAGCGCUUGGUUACCGUGCCAGGGCCCUGAAAGAGUUGCACAAGCUCCUGACUUCGAACAACGUAGACCAUCUCAUGCAGAACAAAGACCAUCUUGCAGAGUUCUUUGCAUGUAGCAUAUUGCUUGUUGGGUUCGAGGUCUUGAAUGGUGGCACGGAAGACUGGCGUCUCCAUGUAGACGCCAUCACUUCGUUGGCCUCGUCCAUGGAAUUGGGUAUCGUCAAUCCUCGGCUGGCCGCUGACAGCGCAGGUUUACAAUUUUUGAUCACUGCUGUUCUGUGGCUCGACCUGAUAUCAUACCUGCGGAUGGAGGAUAUUACAGGAUGUCGGGAUUGGGUAAUGCAAGCCAUUGGCGACAUUGCUACCCUCAGGGACUGGAAAGAGAAGCAAAAGCUUACUGGACGAUUGAGCGUGCUGCAGCUCGCGACCAAAGCGCGUCCCAUCGAAGAAUCCCUCAAUGUCGGCCUUGACACGUCAGAGCCACAGAAGGGCUCGACUCGCGGGACAAUAACAAAGCUCUUUGCACUGGCGGCGCUGGUAUGGCUGCACGCCGUGGUCUCAGAGCCACUGCCAUCACUGCCCGAAAUACGACAUGCCGUGUCGCAAAGCGUGACCCUCAUCUCUGAGAGCAAUAAAUUGUCUUUGUCAGGUGCUGUCUGGGCGUUGUGUGUGACAGCCAGCAUGGCUGAAGAAUCAAUUCAGCCAUUCUUUCAUAGUGUGUUCGAGGACUUGAUACGAGACUCUGGUCAACUGGGAAACGCCUCUACGGCUUUCAGCAUCAUUGAAGAGGUCUGGGCCCGACAACGCAGAGGAGAUGGAGAGAGUCUCGCAAUCUAG